AUGGUUGUAGAGGGUGCAACAGGGGACUGGGGUGAACAACACCCCCAAAAUGGGGGACACCCAGGGGAUAACCCUGUCCCAAAAGAGGACCCUGACUCCCCGCACGGAAAGGUAGAGCUUAAGAAGAAGGUGACCCUGCUUCGGGGAAUCUCCAUCAUCGUAGGGACCAUCAUCGGCGCGGGAAUCUUCAUCUCUCCCAAGGGAAUCUUGAAGAACUCUGGGAGUGUUGGAAUUUCUCUGGUGGUGUGGAUCGCCUGUGGAGUACUGUCUCUGUUUGGGGCCCUGUCCUAUGCAGAGCUGGGAACCAGCAUCAAGAAAUCUGGAGGACAUUACACCUAUAUUCUGGAGGCCUUUGGACCACAGAUGGCCUUCAUACGUCUCUGGGCUGACAUCAUCGCCAUCAGACCUGCAGGGUUGGCAGUGAUAUCCCUGGCCUUCGGACAAUAUAUCCUGGAGCCCAUAUUCAUGCCGUGUGGAGUGCCAGAGAUUGCUAUCAAACUGGCCACCUCUAUAGGAAUAACGUCAGUGAUGUAUCUCAACAGUAUGAGUACGAGCUGGACAAACAGGAUUCAGAUCUUCCUCACCUUCUGCAAGCUGCUGGCUGUCGCCACCAUCAUCGUACCUGGCCUCUAUAUGCUCUUCAAAGGGGAGACUAGGAGCUUUGAGAAUGCGUUUGAGGUCAGUAAUAUCAAGCUCACAGGUCUUCCUCUGGCCUUCUACUCUGGGAUGUACGCCUAUUCUGGGUGGUUUUACCUUAACUUUGUGACUGAGGAAGUGGAGAAUCCAGAAAAGACUGUGCCAUUGGCCAUCUGUAUCUCCAUGGCGAUAGUGACUUCCUGCUACGUGCUGACCAAUGUGGCGUACUACACUGUAAUGUCAGCAGAGGAGCUGUUGGCCUCGCAAUCUGUCGCCGUGACAUUUGCAGAGAAGACGAUGGGGAACUUUUCGGUGGCAGUGCCGGUAUUUGUAGCCUUGUCGUGCUUCGGUACAAUGAACGGCUGCUUGUUCGCUUUCUCAAGAAUGUUUUAUGUGGCGUCACGAGAAGGCCAUCUCCCUGAGGUUCUGUCCAUGAUCCACGUCCGCAGACACACACCUUUGGCAGCCGUCAUCAUUCUGUACCCUAUGACGAUGUUCCAGCUGUUUGUGGGAGAUAUCUACAGCCUGUUGAACUUCAUGAGCUUCCUCCGCUGGCUCUUCAUUGGUGUGGCUGUGCUGGGCCUCAUCUACAUGAGAUACACACGCCCUGACAUGCCACGUCCUUUCAAGGUUCCUCUUUUCAUUCCAGCCAUUUUCUCCUUCACCUGUUUCUUCAUGGUGUUCCUCUCUCUCUACUCUGACCCCGUCAACACAGGGAUAGGAUUCGCCAUCUCACUAACCGGAAUCCCAGCCUACUAUAUCUUCAUUGUGUUUGACCGCAGACCCAAGUGGCUACAGAAGAGUUUAGAUUCCUUUAACAGAUCUGUCCAGAUCAUCCUGGAGGUGAUCCCAGCAGAACACUGACACCAGACCAGAUCCCCACACCAGAUCCGUAUUUAUGAUCAUCCACACCACGUGAGAACAGGAUCGGGUGUAUGAGUGGACUGGUAUCAAAUACAUUAAACCGAUGGUUUCCAGGUGUUUGAAGCCAUUCCAUUUGCUCUGUUCAGGCCAUAUUCUUUUGAGCUGUCCUCUCCUCAGCAGCCUCAUGUGCUCCACACCCAAGGACAUCACACCGAUGGCCUCUUCUAUUGUAUCAUUUCACAUUAUACAUUAUUAUGAGUCUCCCAUCCUGCUGACCUUAUCUAGGCAGGCUUCAUUUCACAUUACCAAUUCAAACCGCCUGAAUACUCUCUCUUCUCUCCUCACCCAAGUAUUUUAAAUGGAGUGGCCAGGCAGGCAGGGAGGUGAGGCUGUGUGCUUUGUGUGUGUCCCUGUGUGGGAUUUGUAGGUAAUCCAUCUCUGUAACCACUACCCUACGGCUCCAGUGUGCAGUGGGAGCCCAGCCUCUUAGAAAUGCAACAGCUUUUACUGUUGAUAAUAUUCCAGGGAAUCCUUGUAAGCUUGGAGUAUAGCUAUCUUUGGCUACAAUCGCAGUUAUAUUUGUGUCAUUGUUACAGCUAGCAUUAGCCAUAAUUACAGCUAGUGUUAGCUACAUUCAGACCUAGCUUCAGUCAUUGUUACACCUAGCAUUAGCCACAAUCACAGCUUGCAUUAAGUCAAAGUCAUCACUAGCAUUAGCCACUGCUAGCAUUAGCAUUACCCUGGAUACUCAGUUUCCACCAGAUCAUUCAGGAUGUACACAGUAUGUACCGUAGCCUACCCAUUGUUAUUUCUAUAUUUUAGGAAAUAAAGACAGAUCCGUGAGUGUUAAUUGAUGUAUGUUCUAUAGUCUGAGUAAGAAUAGCACUCCCUUCAAAUAUGUAAACAUCAUUAGAGCAGUAAAGUGUGAUUCCUACUCAAUCUACAGAUGCCUGUGAAACAUGAUAUCCUUACACAAAUGACAACUAACACAAAUGGGAUGCACUUUUAUAUUGAACCUUUUUUUUGAAAACACGUAUGUUUAGAAAUGAUGUCCUGCAUAACUUGAGAAUUUGACUCUGAUUUCAUGGAAAAUAAAAACAGAUUUUUUUUUAA